AUCCGCCUCCUAUAUAAAUCCCCCACCUCACAAUCCUCUGAACCCAUCCAACUUAAUCUCGCCUUCAUUCCUCCUACUACCCACCCACAUCGAUCACUCCAUCGUCAUCUCUGUGCCCGCAUCGAAAAGAGGUAGCAGGAUGGCCGGCGCCGGUGCCGCAGCAGCGAUCAGCUCGGAGCAGAUGAGCGAGUUCCGGGAGGCCUUCGCCUUCUUCGACAAGGACGGCGACGGCUGCAUCACGGCGGAGGAGCUGUCCACGGUCAUCCGCUCCCUGGGCCAGUCCCCGACGCCCGAGGAGCUGCGCGACAUGGUGCGCGACGUGGACGCCGACGGCAACGGCACCAUCGAGUUCGCCGAGUUCCUGGCGCUCAUGUCCCGCAAGGCCGACGCCGACGCGGACGCCGCCGACCCCGAGGAGGAGCUCCGGGAAGCCUUCAGGGUGUUCGACAAGGACCACGACGGCCACAUCUCCAAGGCCGAGCUGCGCCACGUCAUGAUCAGCCUCGGCGAGAAGCUCACCGACGAGGAGGUCGACGGGAUGAUCCAGGAGGCCGACCUCGACGGCGACGGCCUCGUCAACUUCGACGAGUUCGUCAGGAUGAUGAUGCUCUCCGACGCCGACCAGCAGCAGCAGCAGCAGCAUUGAGAGUUUGUCCGAGACUAGGAAAUAUAGUCCGUCCGUCCGUCGUCCAUUUCUUCGGUGGACGGACGGACACCUCUCUAAUCCGCCCGGGGAUUAAGUUAGCUAAGCUAGCCAUGCAUGUGUGGAUGAAUGGAUCUUGAAUUCUUGAUUGAUUAUUUACAACUGUUAUUGGAAAA